AUGAAGUUCAUCGCCGCCGCCGCCCUCGCCGUUGCCGGCCUCGCCGCCGCCCAGAACCCCAGCGACUACUUCCCGUCGUGCGGCGUUCCCUGCCUGACCGACGCCGUCAAGGCCGUGACCACCUGCGACGUCAACAACGGCAAGUGCAUCUGCGAGCGCGAGACCUACGUCAAGGUCGCCGACGCCGCCACUACCUGCGUCAUUGACAAGUGCGGCAUCACCGUCGCCAUCGGCGAGUUCGUCAACGCCGCCGGCAAGUACUGCGAGGCCGCUGCCGCCGCACCCGCUCCGGCCAGCAGCUCCUCAUCUGCUGCUCCUCCCCCCUCGAGCAGCGCCCAGUCCUCUGCCCCGGCCCCGUCCACCUCGGCUCCCGCUCCCUCCAGCUCGGCCCCUGCUCCUUCCAGCUCGGCACCCGCCACCAAGGCCACCUCCUCGGCUGCCUCGGCGAGCGCCACCGACUCCGGCAAGGUCGUCUCUAGCACCCUGACCAGCACCGUCUGCAACUCGUGCAAGGCCACCGCCACCGCUCCCGCCAACGGCACCACCAAGGCCACCCAGCCUCCUCAGGUCACCGCCGGUGCCGCCGUCGCUGCUCCCGUCGGUAUCGCCGCGAUCUUCGGUCUUGCUGCCUUUGUCCUGUAA